UCUGCUGAGGGAGAGCCCCGUGCGUGCCCGCGCUCCCGGAGCCAGCCGAGGAGGGGAUGCUUUAGCCACGAUUCCGAACAGCAGCAGCGACAACAACAGAUUGCUCCCUCCCUUUCGAACCCGCUUUAAACCCAAGCAAGUGGCCGGCCGUCCAGACGAUGAUGCUCUUGCGGAGCCGCUGACAAUGAAAAGACAAGUCACCCAUUCCUGAAACCGGGGCAAGUGGCUGCUUGCAAGCGGGAGAUGUCAGGCUGUUGAACUUUUCUGUCCUGUGAUGAUGUUGUAGUGAGCUUGCUGAUCUGAAAGCCAUCUCUUCUGGAUUUCUGAGCGAGUCAGAUUGAGAGAGAUUAAUGGACUGAUCAGCCAUCAGGUCUCCUCAGGGGGCUUCAUCCCUUCAGCCCCUGUCACUUGGGUGCUCGUGGUGAGGGGUCACUGGUGAAAGGCUGCAUUUGUCCUCACCAGGUCUCCUCUGCAGAGGAGAAGAGGCAGAUGAGACUCCAAGACUGCCUCCAGGGCAGAACUUUGUAGUGCUCUCAGCAUCCCUCCGCAGCGUGGAUGUGAGCCACGGGAGCUGGGGAUGUUUGAGGCAGUCUGUGCCAAGUGACACCUAGCAGCUGCUCCGGUGGUUUUUGUGUGGUCUCACCCCCACGGCUUUGCCUGUUGUGAAGAUGUCCAUGGUGUUUCUGUGAAGCUGAGGCAUGGCUGCUGGAAGGUUACUGCUCUAUGCUGGCCUCUCUUUAGCUCUGUGUGCCCUUGGCAUGCUGGCUGUGGCAAUCUGCUCUGACCAUUGGUACGAAACUGAUGCCAGGAAGCACAGAGAGAGGUGCAAGAGCAUCACCACUAAGAGAAAUGAUCCUGGCUUCAUUUAUAACUCCAACAACAACCUGCCUCUCAGGGCCAGCAGGUCUAGGUUGGACCGCUGGGAAGGGAAACUCCUCUUGGCAAGAAACAGGAGGCAGAUCUUUGCUAUGAGCGCGGUCGACGAGUGCAACAGACAGUACAACUCCACCAACAUGGGGCUCUGGAGGAAAUGCCACCGACAAGGAUUCGACCAGGAGCUGGAGGAGCUGAUUGCCAAAGGAGCGAUUGAGCGGUGCUCGUACAUCAAGUACCACUACUCCUCAGCCACCAUCCCCAAGAACCUCACCUACAACAUCACCAAGACCAUCCGCCAGGACGAGUGGCACGCCUUGCAUCUGCGCAGGAUGACAGCUGGCUUCAUGGGCAUGGCUGUGGCCAUCAUCCUCUUCGGGUGGAUCAUUGGCGUGCUGGGGUGCUGCUGGGAUCGAGGCCUUAUGCAGUAUGUGGCAGGGCUUCUCUUCCUCAUGGGAGGAACCUUCUGCAUCAUUUCACUGUGCACGUGCGUGGCUGGGAUCAACUUUGAGCUGUCGCGCUACCCGCGCUACCUGUACGGACUGCCCGACGACAUCAGCCACGGCUACGGCUGGUCCAUGUUCUGUGCGUGGGGGGGCCUGGGCCUCACCCUCAUCUCUGGCUUCUUCUGCACCCUGGCCCCUUCUGUCCAACCUGUCCCCAGGACCAACUGCCCCAAAACUAGACCUGAGAACGGGACAGUGUGCUAAAGCAAAUAGCAAAUGAAU